GCUUCCGCUCCUCAAACAGAGGACAUCCUGCUGAGCGAUCACAAGUAACGUUUCCUGUCUCUGCUUUUCCUCUACAAAACAGCAGAGGGCGCCAAAUCCUCCUCCAUGACGAGGAACACUCAUUUAAAGGAGGCCUCGUCCAUUUCAACUUCAUCUCCAUUUCUCUCCACCUAAAGGCUUGAAAGCGACACUUUCUCACUCACGGUGCACGCCCCUUUCUGCCGUCUCCUUGGUAACCUAGAGCGUUUCCUCAAUCACGUGCAGCGGAAUAAUACUCUUCGGAGGUUUCCGCUACAGGUGAGCCAUCUCCUUCCGGUUCCGCAUCCAGGUUGUUGUGUUUGGGUGAAGGUGUGGACUGGUGGUGUGUGACUAUGAAUCCGUGCGAGGACAGAGAGGAGGGAGCCCCUCCCUCUAAAAGCACUCUGUGUGGGGAACAUGACACAGGGACCAAAGCUCAGAGUGUCCAGCAGCAGACAUCCGGCUCCACUGAAUCCAGCUGUCUGUCCUUGAAGAGUGACUGGUCAAAAAACGAGAUCAUUGACUUUAAAGGACGACCUCCAUCUGCUGAUCAGAUAGUGGACCAGGAGGGCUCAGAGGAUCCCAGCACUCAGUCGGCCCAGAAGCAUCAGACACACCUGGACUCCAUAUUUGUGCUGCUGGAGGAGAACAUUGUCACUUUUGUGAAGAACGAGCUGAAGAAGAUCGAGAGGGCUCUGAGUUUAGAUGACCCAGAAUGCUUAGAGAGUCAGAAGGAGGAUGAGGAGGAAGAGCAGAGGAGGAGCAGCAGAGAGGCAUUUCUGAAAAUCACACUGCACUUCCUGAGGAGAAUGAAGCAGGAGGAGCUGGCUGACCGUCUGCAGAGCAGGUAUCCUGUUCCAGUUUGUUUCCAGCGUAAACUUAAAUCUAACCUGAAGACGAAGUUCCAGUGUGUGUUUGAGGGGAUUGCUAAAGCAGGAAACCCAACCCUUCUGAAUCAGAUCUACACAGAGCUCUAUAUCACAGAGGGAGGGACUGGAGAGGUCAAUAAUGAACAUGAGGUCAGACAAAUUGAAACAGCAUCCAGGAAACCUUACAGACCAGAAAGAACCAUCAGAUGUGAAGACAUCUUUAAACUUCCACCUGGAAGAGAAGAACCAAUCAGAACAGUGAUGACAAAGGGAGUGGCUGGAAUUGGGAAAACAGUCUUGACCCAGAAGUUCAUUCUGGCCUGGGCUGAAAACAAAGCCAACCAGGACAUACAGUUCACAUUUCCAUUCACCUUCAGAGAGCUGAAUGUGCUGAAAGAGAGAAAGUACAGCCUGGUGGAUCUUGUUCAGCACUUCUUUACUGAAAACCAAGUAGCAGAAAUCAGCAGGUUUGAAGAGUUCAAGGUUGUGUUCAUCUUUGACGGUCUGGAUGAGUGUCGACUUCCUCUGGACUUCCACAAUACUGAGAUCCUGACUGAUGUUACAGAGUCCACCUCAGUGGAUGUGCUGCUGACAAACCUCAUCAGGGGGAACCUGCUUCCCUCUGCUCACCUCUGGAUAACCUCACGACCUGCAGCAGCCAAUCAGAUCCCUCCUGAGUGUGUUGACAUGGUAACAGAGGUCAGAGGGUUCACUGACCCACAGAAGGAGCAGUACUUCAGGAAGAGAUUCAAAGAUGAGGUGCAGGCUUGCAGAAUCAUCUCCCACAUCAAGACAUCUCGAAGCCUCCACAUCAUGUGCCACAUCCCAGUCUUCUGCUGGAUCACUGCUACAGUUCUGGAGGAUGUGUUGCAACCCAGAGAGGGAGGAGAGCUGCCCAAGACCCUGACUGAGAUGUACAUCAACUUCCUGGUGGUUCAGUCCAAACAGAAGAAAGUCAAGUAUGAUGGAGGAGCUGAGAAAGGUCCAGAGACCGUGGAGAUAGUUUUGUCUCUGGGAAAACUGGCUUUUGAGCAGCUGCAGAAAGGCAACGUGAUCUUCUAUGAAUCAGACCUGAUAGAGUGUGGCAUUGAUAUCAGAGCAGCCUCAGUGUACUCAGGGGUGUUCACACAGAUCUUUAUAGAGGAGAGAGGGCUGUACCAGGAAAAGGUGUUCUGCUUUGUCCAUCUGACCGUUCAGGAGUUUCUGGCUGCUCUUCAUGUCCAUCUGACAUUCACAAACUCUGGUGUCAACCUGCUUUCAGAAGAACUAACAACAUCCCAGAACUCUGAAACACAAAAAGACAAACCUGCAGUGACGUACUUCUACCAGAUUGCUGUGAACGAGGCCUUACAGAGUCCAGAUGGACGCCUGGACUUGUUCCUCCGCUUCCUCCUGGGUCUUUCGCUGCAGACCAGUCAGACUCGGCUACGAGGCCUGCUGCCACAGAAAGGAAGUAGCUCACAAACGAAUCAGGAAACCAUCCAGUACAUCAAGAAGAAGAUUGAGGAAAAUCUCUCUGCAGAGAAAAGCAUCAAUCUGUUCCACUGUCUGAAUGAACUGAAUGAUCGUUCUCUAGUGGAGGAGAUCCAGCGGUCCCUGAGAUCAGGAAGUCUCCACACAGAUAACCUCUCUCCUGCUCAAUGGUCAGCUCUGGUCUUCAUCUUACUGUCAUCAGAAAAAGAUCUAGAUGUGUUUGACCUGAAGAAAUACUCUGAUUCAGAGGAGGCUCUUCUGAGGCUGCUGCCAGUGGUCAAAGCCUCCAACAAAACAAUACUGAGUGACUGUAACCUCUCAGAGAGAAGCUGUGAAGCUCUGUCCUCAGUUCUCAGCUCCCAGUCCUCUAAUCUGAAAGAGCUGGACCUGAGUAACAACAACCUGCGGGAUUCAGGAGUCAAACUUCUGUCUGCUGGACUGAAGAAUCCACACUGUACCCUGGAAACUCUCAGGCUGUCAGGCUGUUUGAUUACAGAAGAAGGCUGUGCUUCUCUGGCCUCAGCUCUGAGCUCCAACCCCUUUCAUCUGAGAGAGCUGGACCUGAGAUACAAUCAUCCAGGAGACUCGGCAGUGAGGCUGCUUUCUGCUGGAUUAGAGGAUCAGAGCUGGAGACUGGACACUCUCAGGGUGGAGCCUGGUGGAGUCCGAUGGUCGAGACCAGGUCUGAGGAAGUAUUUCUCUGAACUCGCGCUCGACACAAACACAGUGAACAGAAAGAUCAAACUGUCCGACAACAACAGCAAGGUGACACAUGUGCAGGAGGAGCUGCCAUAUCCUGAUCAUCGGGACAGAUUUGACUCCUUUCCUCAGCUGCUGUGUAGGAAUGGUCUGACUGGUCGCUGUUACUGGGAGGUUGAGUGGAGAGGAGAGGUUUAUAUAUCAGUAAGUUACGGAGGAAUCAGCAGGAAGGGAAACGAUGACGGCUGUGUGUUUGGAAGGAAUUACCAGUCCUGGAGUCUGACCUGCUCCUGUGGUCGUUACACUGUCUGGCACAAUAACAAAGCAACCUCCAUCCCUGCCUCCGCUGUUUCUAACAGAGUGGGAGUGUAUGUGGACUGGCCUGUUGGUUCUCUGUCCUUCUACAGAGUCUCCUCUGACACACUGUACCACCUCCACACCUUCAGCACCACAUUCACUGAACCUCUUUAUCCUGGGUUCAGGUUCUGGUCUGACAAGUAUGGUUCCUCAGUGUCUCUGUGUUCUCUGUAGGAGGGAGAGUCUCCUCCUGUUCCACCUGUUUUACACCUAAAAUACUGUCCAGUGUGUACCAUUGAGGAGGAUCUAUUGUCCGAAAUAGAAUAUAAUAUUUAUAGCUAUGUUUUCAUUAGUGUAUAAUCUCCUGAAAAUGAGAAUUGUGUUUUUGUUACCUUAAGAAUGAGCUGUUUAUAUCUAUAUAUAGUGUCUGUUGAGGUAUGCUUGUUUCUGUGAAGCAACAAACUGUAGCACUGUGCCCGAGACAAAUUUCCCCUCGGGGACAAUAAAGUUUAUUCUAUUCUAUUGUAUUCUACAGUAGCUCAGAUCGGACAGAUCAAACACUGGCUGCAGAUGGGGCCGUUCACUUUUCAUGAGUUUUGCGAUAGCCGUAGUUUCUCCUCCACACUUUACAGCCCGUUCUCAUUCCUAUGUCGUCAAAUACAGACACAAGUAGUGUUGAGUUGGUCGCAUUCUGAAACUACACCACUAGAUGCCACUAAGUCCUUCGAACAUUAGUGAGUCCGCUACAACUAGGCGAUAGACUGCUUUCCUAUUGCCAGCAGAUGAAUUUGCCUUUCUGUUUUUUUUCCUGAUGUGCCCAACAUUUUUGAUAUGUUGCCUCUCACAUAACCUGCUGAUCGGAGCUGGAGCCAAUAAAUACCCAUGUCUGAAUGAA